UCGUUAAUUAAAUUCAUGCUAAAUCUAGUUGUUCACAAUUAUGAAUAUGUAUGUGUAAAGAUAUGUGCUUAAGAAUCUAUAGUGCAAUUCUAAGGUCCAAUGGCUAAGCAACUUGGCGAUUUCGCCUAGUUCUGGCGAAUGGUCUGGCAACAGGAAGUGGAGAAGAUUGUCAUGGUGACCAAUUUGGUAGAGAGGAAGAAAACCAAAUGUGAGCAGUAUUGGCCGGUCCAUAACCAAAGUAAAAUAUACGGCGAUAUAGAGGUUGUGUGCAAGGAUGAACACAUUUACGCUGAUUUUAUAUGGAGGCAACUUACGCUUUCAAAGAACUCCAAAGAAAGACGUCUACAUCAUCUGCAGUUCACGAGCUGGCUAGACAAGGACAUCCCUGAUGACGUCACGUCAAUUAUAGAGUUUAGACAGAGGGUGAACGCCUUGCCAAUUUCCUCUACAGGACCAAUAGUUGUACAUUGCAGUGCUGGUGUAGGCAGAUCGGGAACCUAUAUAGCUCUGGACAUCUUAAGCAACGAGGGUGAGGCAGAAACAGCUAUAAACAUUCCAAGAUGUGUUUUCAACAUGAGACAGAACAGACCCAACAUGAUUCAGUCUUUGAGUCAAUACAAAUAUCGUCACCAAGCUUUGGUCUAUGCGUUAACUAUUGAAUGCUCGUUGAUAACGAGAGAAAACGUCCAUGAAUAUAAGGAAACCUCCAGUAAACAAAAGAUAAAGAAGCAGUUUGAAAAUCUGCAAUUGAUUCGUGUGGAAAAGUCGGAUAAGGAACUGCAAGCUACGGAAAGGAAUCGGCUUCUGACAAAAAAGAACAGGAAACAUGCAGAUAUACCAGGUGAUUCCAACAGACCACGUCUUUUUCUCUUUUUGAAAUCAGGCGAAUCUGAUUACAUCAAUGCGAUAUAUAUCGACAGUUUCAAAAGAAAAAACCGAUUCCUGGUUGCUCAAACACCUCUGCCUAACACAGUUUCAGAUUUCACCGCACUUGCUGUUCAAGAAAACUGUUCCUGUAUCGUUAGUAUGGAGGCACGCUUGGAAAAGCAUAAGGGAAUGGUUGGCUUAUACUUUCCUGGUGACAAUCGAACAAUAAAGGAGAGUUUUGAUUCUGUACCAUCAAACUACGAUCAAAGUGCAAGAAACUUUGUAAAACGAUUGCUGCAUAUUGAAGGCGAAGGAAAGACCAAGAAAGGUGUGACAAUUUCACACUAUGAAUACUUGGACUGGGAUACAACACUCAAUACUCCUAAGUCGGCAGAACACUUUGUUGCCUUUAUUAAAGAGGUUGAAGACGCAUCCAAAUCAUCUCACCUGAAUGGACCGAUACUGGUGCAUUGUCUAACCGGUGCUGAACAGAGCGGCCUUUUUUGUGUUGUCAUGACAUUGCUUGAACAAUUGAGCGAAAAUAAUGAAGUCAAUGUGGUCAAUGCGGUGAGCAGAGUCAGAGCUAGAAGAUCUCUUGCUAUUCCAAAUAAGGAGCAAUACUACUUCUGCCACGAGUGUGUGUUCCAUUCCGUGAACGCAACGGAUAACGAGGCAACAGAUGACGAUGCGUUUUAUAAUAUAAGUGGGAAUAUACAGACGGGAUAAAAACAGCUGACCAUGAUGUUCAUAACGUUAGGACACAAUGACAAUGAUUUAGUUUUGAAUUAUUGCAAUUCUGCAUCACCUUCAUGACAUGAAAUAAUAAACAAACACUAAUAUGUUAUCUGUCAAUGUUAAUGUUGUAUUAUAAAUAGUGUAAA